UAAACUAUAGUCGACGUAUUGUAGUCGAAUGUAACUUCUACCGGAAAUCGCGGUAAAUCAGUUUAACCAAAAAAAGAACUUCCUUUCGUGAACUCUGCUUCGUGUGUUUUCGUUCUAGAAAACGUAAGAAUAGGAGUUGAAGAUGGCCGAAGGCACAGCUACGAUCAGAACUAGGAAGUUCAUGACCAACCGGUUGCUUUGCAGAAAACAAAUGGUGGUUGAUGUACUUCAUCCUGGGCAACCAUCAGUCAAAAAGACAGAAAUCAGAGAAAAAUUAGCAAAAAUGUACAAGGUAACGCCAGAUGUGGUCUUCUGUUUUGGCUUCCGUACAGCAUUCGGGGGUGGCAAAUCCACAGGAUUUGCUUUAGUCUACGACACAAUGGACUUCGCCAAGAAGUUUGAGCCCAAACACAGGCUAGCAAGGCAUGGUCUAUUUGAGAAGAAGACGCAAACAAGGAAACAGAGAAAGGAACGCAAGAACAGAAUGAAAAAAGUUCGAGGCACAAAGAAGUCGAAAGUGGGAGCAGCAGCUGGCAAAAAGGCAAAGAAGUGAAGCAAUACUCACUCUCCAAACAGCUCGGCUCAAGGCCAUCAUGUGUAACCGGGCCGAGGUGGAAGGCAGCUGUGAUGUCCAUGUUAUCGUCGUUUCAACAUUUUCUUUGUAUUUUUAUGUUUUAUAUGAGUAACUUGGAAUAAACAGCUUUCUUUUACCAAUA